AUGCCAUCAUCUAUCUCCGAAUCCGUUCCUUCCAUUCUGGCUCCACCAAGUCUUACAGUUUCGACGAUAUCAUCUGCUUCGAUCAUCUCUGCCUUUUCAGUGACAACUUCCAACAGUCUUAAGUCACAAGAGCCUUCACGCUCACUUAACUCAGGAACAUUAUCUGAGCCUCCCGAAGCUCACUCAACUUUCAAAAAGGCUCAUUCAGAUUCACAUCAAAUCGUGUUUGCCGAUUUAUCUGAAGGAGAGGUCGACAUGGAGGUUGAUGAGCCUAACACAUGUCCUUCAGAUGUGCCUCUUCCUUAUCUCCCUUGCCACCAGCGCCCAAGCCAUGUCGUUUCUUUAAAUCCGAACCUUGUCUCACGGCGGCUACUCCCCUAUAAGCACUUUAAGUCUGGUACGCAAGCCCUGGGUUCCGUCAAGGCUGCCCCACUUAAAGCUCGGAUAAGGCGGGUUACCUGUCUUUUAUCUCCUCGUUCAGUGCGCUUUCCUCAUACUCGGUCCCAAUCUGCCCGGCUUUCCCCCCCGGCCAUAUCAUCCGAUCAUAUCACCCAACCAUUUUUGGAAUCAGAUGCUCCUAGUGAUAUUAUUGAAUCAAAACCGAUUAGUAUGGCUAGUUCUGUGCUAGUCAGCCUUUCGCCAAGUGUUUCGACUCUCUCAGGAUCAACUGCGCCACCUGUAAUUCGAUCUACAGCACGGUCGCGAAGUCCCUUUAUAGGAUUGAAAGUGUCUGAUCUUGGGCAGAUCGCAGAAACAGCCAAAAAGCAACUGGAUAUAACUUGCAAUUUGGAGCAGAGUCAAUUGGCACCUGAAUCUAGCCGACAAAGAAGGCCUCUCGAUGAGCUCAAUCCGAACUUAGGCAUGCUUUUGUUUGUAUAUAAGCUUAAUUUAAUUUAA